AUGGGGUCCAGCGUGAGUGAGAAGUUGAGUUCCCACCUGCCACAUUCUUUUGGGCAUCACUCGGACAGCGAUUUCGCCGUGAUAGCAAGUAGAUUUGCAAAUGAAAUGACUUUGGCGGGACAAAAUCUCCCGGAGAACAAUAUCUCCCAAAGGACAAAAUCCUCCGUAGGAAAAUAUCCCCUGGAGGAGAAAAUCCCGCGGAGGACAAAAUCCCGCAGAGGACAAAAUCCUGCAGAGGACAAAAUCCCGCAGAGGACAAAAUCCUGCAGAGGACAAAAUCCCGCAGAGGACAAAAUCCCGCGGAGGACAAAAUCCUGCGGAGGACAAAAUCCUGCAGAGGACAAAAUCCUGCAGAGGACAAAAUCCUGCAGAGGACAGAGGACAACAUCACGCAGAGGACAAAAUCCUGCAGAGGACAAAAUCCCGCAGAGGACAAAAUCCCGCAGAGGACAAAAUCCAGCAGAGGACAAAAUCCUGCAGAGGACAAAAUCCUGCAGAGGACAAAAUCCCGCAGAGGACAAAAUCCCUCAGAGGACAAAAUCCUGCAGAGGACAAAAUCCUGCAGAGGACAAAAUCCCGCAGAGGACAAAAUCCUGCAGAGGACAAAAUCCCACAAAGGACAAAAUCCCGCAGAGGACAAAAUCCUGCAGAGGACAAAAUCCUGCAGAGGAAAAAAUCCCGCAGAGGACAAAAUCCCUCAGAGGACAAAAUCCCGCAAAGGACAAAAUCCUGCAGAGGACAAAAUCCCGCAGAGGACAAAAUCCCGCAGAGGACAAAAUCCCGCAGAGGACAAAAUCCUGCAGAGGACAAAAUCCUGCAGAGGACAAAAUCCUUCAGAGGACAAAAUCCUGCGGAGGACAAAAUCCCCCCGAGGACAAAAUCCCCCUUAGGACAAAAUCCCCUGAGGACAAAAUCCCCCCGGGGGACAAAAAAACCCUGAGGCCAAAAUCCCCCGUAGGACAAAAUCCACCAAGGACAAUAUCCCCCGUAGGACAAUAUCCUCUGGAGGAGAAAAUCCUAUGCAAGACAAAAUCCCACAGAGGACCAAAUCCCGUGGAGGACAAAAUCCUCCGGAGGACAAAAUCCCCUGAGGUGAAAAUCCCCCGUAGGACAAAAUCCCUGUAG